AUGAGCUGUAGUAUUAAGCAGACAACUGGCUCUCUCAGGGGCAGGACCAGCGGUGGCAGCUGUGUGAUCGGUGGUGGCGGUGGUGGCGCAGCGCGCAUCUCCUCGGUCUCCUCUGGAAGAUACACCACCUGCGGGAUAGGCGGUGGCCGAGGCUUUUCUGGGAGAAGCUACUGCGGUGGUGUGAAUUAUGGAGGAGGACUGAGCACCGGCAGCUUGGUCGGUGGAAACUAUGGCGGUGGCUUAGGAGCCGCUGUCCUCGGAGGAUGCCCAGGCAUGGGGUUCAGUGGUGGCAGUGCUCGCUUUGGCGGUGGCAUGGGAGGUGGCAUGGGGAUGGGUCUUGGUGGAGGUGGUUUUGCUGGUGAUGGCAUUCUUCUUUCUGGUGACGAGAAGGUCACCAUGCAAAAUCUGAAUGAUCGCCUGGCUUCUUACCUGGACAAGGUGAGGUGCCUGGAACAAGAGAAUGCUGACCUGGAGUGCAGGAUCAGGGAGUGGUAUGCCAAGCAGGGCCCUUUUUGUGAGCCACGAGACUACAGCUGCUAUUAUAAAGAAAUAGAAGAUCUUCAGAACCAGAUUGUCUGUGCAACCAUAGACAACAACAAGAUCAUUCUGAACAUCGAUAACAGCAGGAUGACAGCCGAUGACUUCCGAGUGAAGUACGAGACGGAGCUGGCGCUGCGCCAGAGCGUGGAGGCCGACAUCAACGGGCUGCGCCAGGUGCUGGACCAGCUGACGCUGUGCAGGUCUGACCUGGAGGCACAGCUGGAGUCGCUGCGGGAGGAGCUCUGCUGCCUGAAGAAGAACCAUGAGGAGGAAAUGUGCUGUCUGAGGAAGCAAUCAACUGGAGAUGUGAGCGUGGAGGUGAAUGCCUGCCCUGGCCCAGACCUGAGGAAGAUCCUGGAGGAGAUGAGGUGCCAGUAUGAGACGCUGAUUGAACGCAACCGCAAAGAAGUUGAGGAUUGGUACGAGUGCAAGAUUGAGGAGGUGAAUCGGGAGGUUAUUACGAGUGGUCAGGAGGUGGAGACGUGCAACAACCAAGUGACUGAACUGAGACGCCAAUUGCAAGCCCUGGAAAUUGAUCUCCAAGCUCAGCUCAGCCAGAGGGACAAUCUGGAGUCCUCGCUGGCGGAGACAGAGUGUCGCUACAACAACCACCUUGCUGAGCUGCAGAGCCAGAUCACCUGCGUGGAGCAGCAGCUGGCUGACCUGCGGGCAGAGAUGGAGUGCCAGAACCAAGAGUACAAGAUCCUGCUGGACGUCAAGUGCCGCCUGGAGCAGGAGAUCCACACGUACCGCUGCCUGCUGGAGGGUGGCCAGCAGGACCUUAUUCAGCAAGGAGGAAUUGGUCAGUCUUCAAGUCUAGGAGGAGGAGUGGCAAGAAGCAGUGGGAUAGGAGGAGGAGGCAUCAUUAGGACAAGCCACACUUACACUUCGUCUGCCCAGAUCCCAUCCUGUGCAGCUGCGGAGAUCCAAGUGCCUUGCCGAAGGAUUUGUGAUUAA